AUGUUAAGCUACAUGAAGUUUUUGAGGGACAUGUUGACCAAUAAUAGGAAAUUGGAAGACUUUGAAACGGUUACAUUUAUUAAAGAAUGCAUUGCUAUAAUCCAAAAUAAGCUUUUAGCAAAGCUUAAGGAUUUAGGGAGUUUUGCUAUCCCUUGUACUAUUAGCAGUUUUAAAUUUUCUAAAGAUUUGUGUGAUUUGGGUGUUGGUGUUUCCAUUAUGCCUUUGUUAAUUGCUAGGAAACUUGGACUUAAUGAGAUACAACCUAUUACAGUUUCUUUUCAAUUAGCAGACAAAACCAUCAAGUACCUAGUUGUGAUUAUAGAGGACGUGUUGAUUAAAGUUAGGCAUCUCUACAUUCUAGUGGACUUCAUUAUGCUUGAGAUGGAAGAAGAUGUGGAAAUUCCAUUAAUCUUGGGACGUCCAUUCUUACCUAUCCUAGGCACAAUUAUUGAUGGAAAGGAAGGAAAAACAAGGUUCAGAGUUGGAAAGAAGGUAGUUGAAUUUACUAUGUUCAAUGCAACUAAGUAUCUUUCACCCACAGAUUAG